UUUUUGCGCAUGGGCACGACGAUGAGAGGCGCUAGGAAUCUUACUUGAGCUUUUCUUGCGGGACACGUGUUGUGAAGAUUAGAUAUUUUGGUGGCCUCUAGUUACACAACAGCUUGAUAAGGAGAUCAUACAAGUGAAAAAAUGAGACUGAGGAAACGUAGAUUACUAGUUCGCAUGGUACUUUUACUUGUUCUUGUGGGGCUUUAUGUAGAGAUAAAUUUACAAAGUUAUUCUUACUACAAGAACUGGUUUUGGAGACCUGUUGUCAAGUGUGAAAACAGUGAAGAAGAAUUAAAUGCACUAGUUGACCUUACGUAUCAAAUUCACAUGAUUUUAAAUAAAAUGAAAGUAGGCCAUUGGCUAAUGUAUGGUUCGAUAUGGGGAGCCUUGCGGAUUGGCAGACCCCUCCCAUGGGACAAUGAUGUGGAUAUUGGAUUUUAUGGAGAAGAAAGAUUUGCACAUAUGACCUUAAAUGAAUUUAUCGCUCCCUUCAAAGCUGCAGGACUUAAAGUGAAAAACAAAUGGAUUCAAAGUGGAACCAUUGUCAUUGAAAAAGAGGGUCUUCCACUAACCGUAGACUUAUUUGCAUUCUACAAUCAAGGAGGAGUUAUGAGAAGAAGAGGAUUAGAGUCUUGGAUUUUUGCUCUGAAUUAUCGCACUCAUCACUCCUUUCCUGCUAAGCUAGUUGAACCAGAACUUCCUCAAGCAAAGUUUGGCUUCUUCAAUAUCUCAAUUCCUAAAGGAGGGAUUGAAAUUAUGAAGCACCUAUACCCCUAUAACUGGUGGAAAGAAGUUCCCCCAGUUGGGUGUUGAGCAUAGAAGUCAACAUAGGAAAGUUUUUAAUUAACUUUAACCCUUUACACCAGUCAUCAGCAAAAAAAAAAAUUUCCACACAGUUCUCUGUGAAUUGCCCAUGGUACCAACCAGGAGAAUUUGCAACUUGGAGGGUCAAUUUUUUGUUAUUAUUCUUGUGUCCAUAAUGUUUAAUUUAAGCAGUGAUACUGCAAGGAGAUUAGAAAGUAGUCACUCUUUGGGAUUGAAGGGUUAUGAUUUCCUCUAUUGUGUAGAUUUUAAUGAUCUACAGAGGCAGUGUGGCUGAGUGGUUAGGGUGCUGGUCAUGUAAUCUGCUGGCCUGAGGUUCAAGUCCUCCACCCUGCUAUUUGUUAGAUUUGUUCUCAGUUAUUCCAAGUUCAACUUCUUGGCAGCGCUUUGUACUUAACCAACUGGUCUGUCUCCAGUAAGUUGGGAUUUUUUAAACAUUUGUUUAUUUAUAAUGUUUUUCUCAAUUUGUUUGUAUUGGCCCUGAAAAGCACCAUUGGGGAAGUGGUCAAUUGAUGUAAUUAUAAUUAUUUUUUUAAAUGGGAAAGAUUGUUAUAUUCUGUCUAAUGAGAUUGAAUUUUUUAAAAAAAUUACCGUCAUUAUUAUUAUUAAUAAUACAAUCAUGUAAUUUUUCAACACUUAUUUAGAGUGUAAUCUUUGUUUGAUCUCUUUAAAAAUUAUUUAUCACACAAGUCUAAAAGCAGUGCUCCAAGCUGGGACUGUUCUGGUGGCCUGAGAGAAGAAAUUUUGGCCAAUGAAUUGGCAGCAAUGGUCUCCAGUUUGGCUCCCAGUCUUUAAUCACCAUGAAGCUAAUCACUUAGGGCUGGUUAUUUAAACAAAAUUAAGCUGUAGUCUAACAAAAAUUGGUCCAAAGCCAUCUUCAAUUUAGCUGAACCUUUUCUCUGAACAUUUGUUUUAGUGAAAAGGGUCAAGAGGGCCAAAAGGUAUCAAUGGAAGGACAUUCUUUUCAUUAAAUCAACCCUCUUAAUAGAUAAACUAACAGUCACUGAGUUAAAUAACCAGCCCAUGGAGUUAAUGGUUGUAAAGUGAGGUUAACUUUUAUUUACCAUACUAUUGAUGCUUAAUUGUUUAGUUCUGUGUUUAAAAUAUGCCAUGAUCUUCCUAUGCAAUUGAGAUGGGGAUUAACCCAAGAAAUGAGUACAAAUUUGCAUGUUACUAAGACUAGAGGUUUGUUUAGUGGUACGUGUAUAUACUACCAAUCACCUCUAUUUGGUGCAAAAACAUUUUAACAUAUUUGUCCUCAGAUAUUAGAUGUUCUGAGAGGUGAACAAUUUUGCAAGAGCUAAGCUUGAGAAAAACUGUGAGCUUUUGGCCAUGUCACUUUUAAUUACUUCAAGGCAUGUUAUGUAAUUUAAUGUAAAUAAAUUUUGUCAUU